AUGAGCUCAUCUGGCAAUAAGGACUUCCGCGAUCAACUGGGCAAGUUCCGUUUGGACUCGAUCAAUUGUACCUGGCCCUCUGAAUCCCAACCUCCACAUAUAGACGUGCCCGGUCAUUCUCGCAGCAAACGUGUGUCGACAGCCUGUGAUUUCUGUCGCAAAAGGAAGAAGAAAUGCGAUUUCCGAUACCCCAAUUGCUCGGCCUGCACUCGCGCCGGAGUCCGAUGCACCAUCCCCCCGCCCGGUCCUCAAGUCGCUAGCGCCUCCGUGCCCCGGGACCAGCUCGAGAAUCUUCAGAAACGUGUACAAUGGUUGGAGGAGGUUGUCCGACGCAAGUCGGGCCUCUCUGUGGCGGAAUUACCCACCGGCACACCACUAGAUGGCGAGGGAGAUCCGGAUUGGUGGUACCAGGUGCCCACAAUGAUUGCGACCGGGGGAAAUCGUUCUACAACCUCAAUACCUAGCCCUGCAGGCACUGGCUCUUCUGUGACGGCGGGACCCUCGGAGGCGUCAACCGGAGUAUGCCCAGAGCUCCCCAACGUGGGUGAAAUAUUCCGCGAUCAGCUCGAGCAUCGCCGACCGUCGGUCGCGCGACCAUCUUCCGCUCCACGGGUCCUACGUUUGUCGUCGCUGGAGGAAGCUGAACGGUUGGCUGGACAAUAUUUUGAUAGCAUGGGCUACCAAUACCCAUUCCUAUCCCGUCCGGAGUUCAUGAGCUAUCUGCGCCACAUCUAUACUGGUGGUAUUCCGUCGCCGGAAACACAUAACACUUAUCAUAUUGUCAUUGCCAUCUCGCUUCUGAUUGGGUCGGCGGACCCGAUGCAGGCUGCCGAUUUCUAUCAUGCCAGCCAGGAGACCCUCCCACUGGCAUUGCAGAAUGAAGACUUGGCAGCUGUGCGGGCGCUCCUAGGAUUGGCUUUGUAUACAAUGUUUGCGACUGCUGGGCCCAGCAUUUGGCAUAUCCUCGGUGCGGCGAUGAGGUUAUCGACUAGCAUCGGUCUUCAUAAAAUGCGGGCAUACCCUAGCAUUGCUGAAGAAGAGAUGGCUAAGCGUGCUUUUUGGAGCCUCUACAAUUUGGAUCGCCUCAUUGCCAGCACCCUGGGGCGUCCACUGGGAAUUGCCGACGAAGAUAUUAGUGUAAGCCUCUUGCGAGAGCUCAAUGACGAUGGAACAGAGGUGCCUGGUGCGAGCGCGACGACGAUUCCUCUGCAGGUGAUACGCUUGCGGCGGAUCUUUUCGCGCAUCUAUCAAUACUUAUAUAGCAGCCUGCCACGACUCCCACCCCAAGAAGCUACCGCUAUGCUCAGUCAAUUCCGCCGAGAGGUCGAUGACUGGCGCAUGAUGGCUCCAGUGUAUCCAUCGGCACUUCUCUAUUCCACUUCUUAUUACGAUUAUCUUUACUACACCACCAUUCUCUUGAUGUACCGUCCUAGCCCUCGCAAUCCGACUCCCGAUAUAAUCAGUAUUAUCAGUUGCGGUGAUUCUAGCAUCCAGGUGAUUCGAUCUUAUUGGGAUAGCUACUCGGUAGGCAAGCUGAAAUGGAUCUGGUUAACAUUGAGUCAAUUGUAUUUUGCAGGUAUCACUAUCCUGUGGUGCCUUGAGCAGAACGCGCGCUCCUUACGCGAAUCGCAGAACCCCCCCUGGCAGCCCGAAGAACAGACUAUGCGUCGUGGCAUUCAGGCGGUCGUCGUACUUUUGGAAGAAUUUGGCAAGCGCCGGCCUGGGGUUGAUCGGUUGGCAGAGACGUUCCGGCACCAAAGCACAAUGAUAUUCAGCCAAAUGGCUUACCAGCAACAUCAUCAUCAUCCUUACCAACCGCAGCCGCCAGCUUUAUCCCCUACACUCAUACCAUCUCAUCCGUCAAUGUCCUUGACUGCACCCCCUCCACCCCCUCCGCCCCCUCCACCCCCUCCACCCCCGGUCCCACUCGCUCCUGUCCUCGACGACGUCUUACUCGUUGAUGACAGUGGAACUGUUCCAUUGAUCGAUCCACAUAUGGCAGAUCAACUCCUUUACUCGUACAAUUGGUUCCAGGAAGAGAUGGCAUCCUACUAUACCCUUUGA